AUUCAAUUUCUAUAAUCGAAAAUAUUUGAACGCCCAUUAAAAACUAAUUAACAAUGCCCGAAGUCGUAUUGACAUCCAUACCGCCAUUGGAAAUAACACCGGAUAAUUCCAGUGAAAAUGAAACGCCCACUUCUUCAUCGUCAGAUACGACAAGAAGUAACGACGAUCCGGCGUCGGCAUCUUCAGCUGACAUUAAAGUUCAACGAAGUUCUCUAGCGAAAAAUCACAAGAAUGGAAGGCCAAGCAUUGGCAGUAGCCAGAUGAAAAAUAAAUAUCGCAAAUCGAUUCCGAAACGUUUGUCGAAAAAGUCGGCUGGAGUAGGGGUCACCAACAGUUCACAGCCCAAGAAAUCUGUAAAUAAAUCUCAAAUACCGAGAUCUCUGUUAUUAACACCCUCAUCUUCGUGCAAAUCGUUAAAUUCGUCGGUGAGCUUCCAGUCCUCAAAAGAACGUGGCUCAAUAACUACUCAGGAAGAAACUCUCACCACCGCUGUAUUGAAACGUCAAAAGACCGGUAUUAUUUUGGCAUAUCGUCAACGGAAAUCAAUAUCUCAAAUGGAUAUGAAACACCUGUGCCGUAACCAAGAGAAUGAGUUACAUGGAAAGUCCUUGGUGGCCAAGGGGAAUGGUGUUGCGGCGAUGCACCACCACCAUAAUCCCUAUUAUAUAUCUCACCAAGAGACCUCAUCCAUAGUUCAGAAAAUAUAUGGUUAUGGCCAACAUUUCUCGGGUAAUAGCUCUCAGCUUGAAUCUCAAACUGCAGGUUUGAGAAUUUUCUCAAUAAUUAUGUUGAAUGCCUGGCGUAAACGAAGAGCGGAAGUUAAGCGGCUGCAGGAGGAAAUUACGGAAUUGAAGCGUUGUGCAAUAAAGGCCCGCAAUCAAUUGCAUGUUUUCAACUCGCUCUUUCGCAUGGAGCAAAAACGUAACGAUGAACUCAGCUGCCAACUGAAACGUUCUCUCGAGGACAUAACCAAUGCCAAGUCGUCGUGUGAAAUUUUGACUACUUCCCUGAUAAGCCUCGGGGCCGACAAGGAAUUAUUGCAACAACAAAUCGAGGUCAAGGAUCAGGAAAUAGAAAAUCUAAAUUCGUUAAUAUCACAAGCCAAUACGAAUUUGUUUAAAGUCAUGACUGAACAGCGAGAGCUCCAGGCAAAUUUCUCAAUGGAGCAGAGGAAAGUUCAAUCUCUGGAAAAUGAGAAGAAUGAGCUUAUCAAUAAGAUCUAUAAACUGGACUAUGAACUGUGUAUGCUUGAGGCCAAACUGAAAUUAAAGACAGAUGAAAUCAAUAACAGCACAAAACAGCUGGAUGAGUUCAGGCGUAUUAAUGACUACAAUGAACAACUGUUGUCCAAGGCCGAUGGCAAAGAGCAAGCCCUGAACGAAGAAAUCGAAAAGCUACAAAAACAAAUCGCCCAUCUGGAAGAAGGCCUUAAUAAAUCUUGGGGAACUCGUUUCAAAUGUUUCUUCUAUCGAUCUCUAACUUAUCCAAGGACUACGCUGCAUAUUCUACAUUGGUUCAUAUAUUAUCUGUUGCCAGCAACACCUCCUCCUAAAUUGCACACCUUCCCAUUUCUUGGCUUCUCCACGGCCAAGGUUCUCAAUAUUGUCCGACAUCAGUAGGAACUUUGUUUGAGU